UGUGCCCAGAUCCCCCGACCAGCGGACAAUUUCCACAGCAUUGUGCAACCGUUAAUUGAAAAGGCAUUUGCAACUUUAAUUCGUUUUUGUCCACAGAACAGGUGUAUGUGAGUGUGUGUGCCAGUGCAGGCAUUAUCGAGUAUCGCGCCCUUGCCCUUUCCACCCGCCACCCGCAACCCGCAACCCGCAAAUCGUCCACCGUUUACCGAUCUAAUCCGGCCGACCGUAACGUUCUGGAAGCUUUCGACAAGCGAUCCGAUCGGUAACCAAAAAACGCGUGGUCUCCGUCAAACUGUAUGAAAUAAUCAGCAGCAAAAAAUACAGCGAGGCAAAAAAAGAGGUAAAGGGGUAAAGCAACAACGACAAGAACAGCUAGACAAGAACCAAAAGGAAGACGCAGUUGAAUAAAAGGUGUGCAAGUGUUUGUGUCCGCGAGUGAAGUGUGUUUGUGUUUGUGUGCCAGUGCCAGUGCCAGUGCACAAAGAAAGCAAAAAAACAGCAAUAACACAUUAAUGAAUUUCGUGAUUAAAAACAUUUCAAAGGUACAACAAAAGCUCAUUUAAUAUAAAAAUAAGAAGGCAACGAGGCAAAGGCAAGCGAAAAAAAACCAAACAGAAAUUAAAUCAAAUCGCGGCGCGGCGCCAACAACAAACGUGGCAAAAAACUAAACAGAAACGAAACAAAAGCUCUGUGGCCCGCAACCAAAACGAAAACGAAAACACAAACGAGAGCGGAGAGCGGUGAGCAGCGCGAGUGAGUGAGUGGGAGAGAUAGUGGGAACAAGAGCAGAAGAACGCGAGAAAAAGCACCAGCAGAAGCAACGGAGCAACGGUUAUACAAAAGCAAAAACCAAGCCAGAACCCAACACCAAAGUCAAUUGCGCACGAAACCCGACGAACCAUACAACCAGUUGGCAAUACGGAAAAAGUUAACUAAUCAAAAAUAUACAAUCCAUACGGUAUAUACCCAACAUCGAGCGAUAGAAGUACCAGAAAAUGGUCAACAAAUCCAAUGGGAAGGUAGUGGGGCAGCAGAAGGCGGACAAGGAUAAGGAAAGGCAGCCAGAGACAAUGCUGCCGGCGGCGGGCACCAACAGCAACAAUCAGACGACACAGAUCAACAACAACAACAACAACAACAACAACAACAACAACAACAACAACAACAACAACAACAACAACAACAACAAUAGCAACAAAGGGAAAAAUCAAAAUGUCAAGAACAACAACAAUAACAGCAAAAAGAAUCCUGGCAACAACAAAGGACAACAGCAACAGCAGAAGAGCACCAAAAAGGGCAAGCCCCAGAGGCAACAGAUCUUCCUGCAGUCGCUACCACGCGACACCAGCAACUACAGAAGCUACAACCACAGCAACAGCACCAGCAACAAUAACAACAGUAGCAACAUUCUGGUCACAACUGCAACAACCGACAAUGGGGUGACCAAAGUGAAUCCCGCCGAGCUUCUGACCGCCGCCCUGGCCGUGCCCUGUGCCAAGUGCUCGAAGCCAUCGAUGAUCACCCCCCUAUCGUCCACCUCCGCAUCCCCCAAUGCCGUCUCCACCGCCUCCAUUGUCAGUUCAUCGGCCUCGACCACCUCCAAUUCGGAGACCGCGAGCAAUCACAGCGAGCUGAGCUUCCCCGAGCCGAUGGUCUACUCGGCCAAGCAGUACCGCAAAUCGAAAUCCUACAUGGGCGUCUCACAGUACAACAGCUCCGGCUACGGCUCCUAUCAGAACUCCUCGGGUCGGAAUGGAUCCGGAAAUCAUGCCACCUACAGACGCUCGCACAGCGAUCGGCGCAACUCCUUUGAUCGGACAUUCGCCGAAAGGAAUCGCGACUUUGUGCCCAUUGUGCCACCGCCGCGACCCGUCCUCUCGUCCUCGAACAUUGCCGGAGUCAUGGCCAGUUCCACCAAGCUAACGCUCAUCGAACGGUUCGGCAAAGGACGACUCGCGUAUCCCAUAAUGCAGUGCGGGACACUAGACGGAGCCGAACAGGUAUAUCAUCAGCAGCGCAGCAACAGAAUGGACGUCUACCAGAUCGACGAUGGAUUCCACUCAGACGGCGGCACCGAGACACCGCCGCCGUCGCCCAGCUCGGGCUCCUCGAUAGCCUCGACCUCGGACCACGGAUCGCUGGAGAGCGUGGACACCGGGGGAACACAGCGCCUGGCUGUCCUCUCGUUCGAGCAGGUGAGCAAGCUGCACGACGUGAUGGACGAGAAGGUGGCCAUACAUGGACGCGGCAACUUCCCCACACUGGAGGUGACGCUCAAGGACCUGGUCAACCUGGUGCGCCGCAAGCUGGAGGCGGAGGUGAACGCCGGCGGGGCCGGGGUCUUAGUUAAGGACAUCCGCCUGAACGGUGGGGCAGCUAGUCAUGUUUUAGCCAGCGAGGAUCAGCCAUACAAUGACCUGGACCUGAUAUUCGCCAUCGAGCUGAGUACGCCGCGCGUCUUCGACCGCGUCAAGGUGGCCGUGCUCAACACUCUGCUCGACCUGAUGCCCGAGGGCGUCUGCAAGCGUCGCAUCUACACGUGCUCCCUCAAGGAGGCCUAUGUGGGCAAGAUGGUCAAGGUUAACAACAACAAUGACGGCGACCGCUGGUCCCUCAUCUCGCUGGGCAACUCGCCGGGCCACAAGAACGUGGAGCUGAAGUUCGUCGACUCGAUGCGGCGCCAGUUCGAGUUCUCCGUGGACUCGUUCCAGAUCGUGCUCGACUCGCUGCUCCUGUUCUACGACUGUGCCGCCCUACCCAUCUCCGAGAACUUCUACCCGACGGUGGUGGGCGAGUCCGUGUACGGGGACUUCCAGGAGGCGCUCUACCACUUGCAGAAGAAACUGAUCUCAACGCGCCAGCCAGAGGAGAUCCGCGGCGGCGGCCUGCUCAAGUACUGCAACCUCCUGGUGCGCAACUACAAGGCCGUCGACUCGCAGCUGAUCAAGACACUGGAGCGGUACAUGUGCUCGCGCUUCUUCAUCGAUUUCCCGGACAUCAACACGCAGACCACAAAGCUGGAGGCCUACUUGCGCAACCACUUCUGGGGCGUCGACGAGGAGCCCCUCCAGUAUCAGUACCUGAUGCAUUUACGCGAGGUGGUCGAGAUGUCGACGGUCUGCCUGAUGAGCCACGAGCGGCGACAGACGCUGCACCUCAUCCAGUCGCUGGCCGCCCAGGUCCUCUACAACAAGCAGGAGAAGCAACAACAGCAGGCCCAGGAGCAGUACCAUCAGCACCAGCAGCGACAGCAACAGUUCCUGGACUCUGCGCAGCAACAGCAGCAGCAGCAGCAACAGCAGCAGCAGACACAAGCUCAGGCGGCGGCGCAGCAGGGCACAACGCUCACCCUGGUCUCGCAGUCGCCGCAGUCGGCACAGGGACAGACCAUCUACGUGCAGCAGGCGGCCCCGCCCACGGUCUGCUGCACAAGCAGCAGCGAUCAGUCCGCGGCAGCGGGCCCACAGACCAUCCAGAUACAGGCGCCGGGGCUCAUCUAUGCCAACGGCGUCUACUAUGCACCUGUGAUUCCCAGCACCAUUUGCACGUGCAACUCCACCUGGCUGAGCACGUGAUUGGGGCAGCAGCAGCACAUCCAACAACGCCAGCAUCAGCAUCAGCAUCAGCAU